ACCGGGACUAAACGAUAUGGAUGGACUACAAAACGGCAUGUGAACUUGGGGACCCACCAGGUAACCCAUUCUUUUCUGGUGAUACCUGAGUGUCCAGCGCCCUUGUUGUGAAGGGAUUUACUGUCUAAAGUAAAUGCCCAAAUUCAUUUCGACCACGGACAAGUGUCAGUUUUAGAUGGGACAGGGCAUCCUCUUCAGGUCUUGUCUCUGGCAUUAAAAGAUGAAUACAGUCUCUACUUGCCAGAGGCCCCAGCGACAAUAAGCCCCGAAGUACAACCAUGGGUUCAAAGAUACCCUCAGGCCUGGGCUGAAACUGCAGGAAUGGGACUAGCCAAACAGAGGCCCCCUAUCAUUGUGGAACUGAAAGCCAGUGCUUCCCCGGUGAGGGUACGACAGUAUCCCAUGAGUCAAGAGGCUCGACAAGGAAUUACUCCUCAUAUACAAUGCCUCAUAGAUGCUGGGGUCCUAAAAAGGUGCUGGUCCCCAUGGAACACUCCUCUGUUGCCUGUGAAAAAGCCUGGGGGAACUGAUUUUAGACCGGUUCAAGAUCUACGAGAAAUCAACAAAUGGGUGAAUGAUAUUCAUCCUAUGGUUCCUAACCCUUAUACAUUGCUAAGCAAGUUGCCUCCAAACUACAUUUGGUUCACUGUUUUAGAUUUAAAAGAUGCCUUUUUCAGUUUGCCUCUUGCCCCCGCAAGCCAAGAGAUCUUUGCCUUCGAAUGGCAGGAAGACGGUGGUCAGACCCCUGUGCAGCCGACAUGGACUCGCUUACCACAGGGUUUCAAAAACUCGCCCACGUUAUCUAAUGAGGCCCUGGACAAAGACCUCCAUGAGUAUUGGGUUGAACACCCUACCAUUGUUUUAUUACAAUAUGUUGAUGACCUUAUGCUGGCAGUGGCUACAGAGAAAGAGUGCCAAGAGGCAACAGGUGACCUUCUCCAAACCUUGGGGACUUUAGGUUACAGGGCUAGUGUCAAAAAGGCCCAGAUUGCCAAGCAAGAGGUUACAUACCUCGGUUAUAAGAUAAAACAGGGCCAGAGGUGGCUAACACAGGCUAUGAAAGAAACCAUCCUCCAGAUCCCUGAGCCGGCUAACCCUAGACAAGUGAGAGAAUUUCUGGGAACUGUGGGAUAUUGCCGGUUAUGGAUCUUGGGGUUUGCAGAAAAGGCCAGGCCCCUAUAUGAAGGGACCAAAGAAAACAAGGACUGGGAAUGGACUGAGCCAAUGAAAGAGGCCUUCCAAGAGCUCAGGCGAGCCUUGCUAGAAGCUCCUGCCCUUGUCCUCCCUGAUCCAUCUAAGCCUUUCCAAUUAUUUGUAGAUGAAAAGCGGGGGAUAGAAAAAGGGGUCCUAACACAGAGAUGGGGACCAUGGAAGCGACCUGUAGCUUACCUUUCCAAGAGACUGGACCCAGUGGCAGCCGGAUGGCCACCUUGCCUCCGUAUGAUCACGGCCACCACGCUCUUAGUCCACGAUGCUGAUAAACUGACUUAUGGACAGAGACUCUUGGUCUACACUCCUCAUGCCAUAGAGAGAGUUUUAAAGCAACCCCCAGGUAAAUGGAUUUCUAAUGCCCGCUUGACACACUACCAGGCCUUGCUACUUGACACCCCACGGAUUCAUUUCCAAACGCCCUGCACUCUAAAUCCGGCCACUCUUUUGCCCAAUCCAGAGGAAAAUAGCCCCCUCCAUGAUUGUGAUGAGAUACUGGCCGGGGUAACAGCAAUGCGAAAGGACUUAACCGAUAUUCCACUGGAUGACAGUGAGCUAAAAUGGUUCACAGAUGGCAGCAGUUAUGUAAAAGAUGGACAGAGACGGGCAGGACCCACAGUAGUAGAUGACUCUGGACAGACUAUAUGGGCCCUUCCCCUGGAUACCUCAGCACAAAAGGCAGAGUUAAUUGCUCUUAUUCAAGCAUUAGAGAGAGCCAAAGGAAAAAGAAUAACUAUUUUCACUGACAGUCGCUAUGCUUUUGGCACGGUACACAUCCAGCGCCCGAUAUAUCAGGAACGGGGGUUUUUGACAGCUGAAGGAAAAGAAAUUAAAACCUUGCCUGAAAUCCGUAGACUUUUAGAGGCUGUACAGAUGCCUUGGGCUGUGUCAAUAGUACACGUACCUGGACAUCAGAAGGGUGACAGGCCCACGGCACGAGGGAAUCGUGCCGCAGACCUGGCAGCUCGAAAAGUAGCUGAUGAAGAUUUCAUCACCCCUGUAUCUUGCUUGGAUCCAAGAACACACCAACCUUCAAAAAGGUGAAGAUGGAUGGUACCGAGACUCAGACGGCUACUUGAUACUCCUGCUCAGUUGGGACGGCAACUAUGUGAGCAUUUGCACUUGUCUACUCAUCUGGGAAAAAAAAAGACUCUGAUGCUCUUUCAAACUGCGCGCCUGCGAUUUCCCCAGCACCAGACGACUGUAAAGAACAUAGUGCAUGCUUGUAAGGCGUGUCAACAGAUGAGGCCAGGAAAAGGACAACAUGCAGGACUGAGGUAUUGGGGAGAAGGACCAGGGCAACACUGGGAAAUAGAUUUCACCGAGGUAAGGCCAGGCAAGUAUGGUUACCGGUACUUGUUAGUGUUGGUAGACACCUUCUCAGGGUGGGUGGAGGCUUUUCCUACAAAGGGAGAAACCGUGAUGAUAGUGGCAAAAAAGAUUUUAGAAGAAAUAGUUCCCAGGUUUGGCCUGCCAGUGACCAUCGGCUCUGAUAAUGGACCUGCUUUUGUGAGUCAAAUAGUUCAGAGCCUUGCCCUAGCCCUGGGGACUAAAUGGAAGUUACAUUGUGAAUACAGUCCACAGAGCUCAGGGCAAGUAGAAAGAAUGAAUCGGACUCUAAAAGAAACUUCAACUAAAUUGGCUACAGAGACUGGCGGGGACUGGGUGACCCUCCUUCCCUUCGCCCUCUUGCAUGCACGUAAUACUCCUUAUCGACUUAAUCUGACCCCAUUUCAAAUUCUGUGUGGGAGACCUCCCCCUGUAUGUCCAAUAUUUGAAGGGAAGAAACUACCACCUCCCACGUUGGGGCAAUUCCAAGAGGCCUUGAUGGCCUUAAGCAAGGUGCACUCUCGUGUCUGGAAACUGCUCUGGGAAAUACAUGUGGGUCAAAAUAAGGGAACUAUUCCCUCACAUGACAUUGGCCCAGGAGACUGGGUAUGGGUCAAAAGGCACCAAACCAAGGCACUAGAACCCAAAUGGAAGGGUCCUUAUGUUGUUCUUCUUACCACCCCAACUGCCCUAAAGGUCGACGGUAUCGGGCCUUGGGUGCAUUGCAACCACGUAUGC